AAUAUAAUCCAACUUGACCUUCGAAAGACAUCUCAAUACUCAUCACUUGAUAGUCUGUCCUCUACCAAACGCCGCUACAUGUCUUGGAAGGAGGCUUUUGAGAAAGGCAUAGCUAGUUUCCAAGGUGGGGAGCUAUCAGAAGCACUCUUGUGCAUGAAUCAGGCAAUCGAACUUCAAGGCGACAACUUCAGGAUUUACGACUCGCGAGCGGCGAUCCACGAGAAGCUUGGGAACCUCAAAGCGGCCCUUCUCGACUCUAAAAAAGUCAUAGAUCUCGCUCCAACACAGUGGCAAGGCUACACUCGCGCAACUCGCAUCUUUAUUUCUCUCGAGAAGCAUGACUCGGCUACGAAGAUGGUUGACCUGGCGUUAACUCGUCUCCAAGGUGACGAUUCCAAGCAUAGAGGAAAGCUCCUCGAACUGCGGGAAAAAUCUGUGCAAGCUCAGGUGGUUGUCGCAAAGAAACGCCAGUUACGUCUGGCGAAGGUGGCAUAUCAUGUUGGAAAGCUCCCAAUAGAAAUCCUUACUGAAAUAUUCGCUAUUCUCGUCGAUGCCGAUCCUUGUCAAGCCGUCCGGUUAUCCCGUGUUUGUGGUCACUGGCGUCGCGUUAUCGUUGGCACACCAAUCUUCUGGCGUACUUUGGUGCUUUCAAACCGACAUCCGGUACGCAAAAUAAAGACAUGGCUCGAACGCUCGGGGUCCCGCAUCGCCUCUUUGUCCGUACGACGAGCGCUGUCCCCUUCGGAGUUUCCGACCAUCCUUGCACACCUACGUAGUCUUUCUUGGAGUUAUAUCGAAGCCCUCCAUGCUCAUAGCUCAUUCUUUUCCGAGCUUUCCCAAUUACUUUCUGGAAUGUCUAUGACCCAUCUCUUCUCGAAUCUCAAACAGCUGUCACUAGAAUCUUGCGGAACAGUCGACUUUACCCACCCGCCUACGCGUGAGUGGAAACUCAGAGAACUGAGUUUGGUGGGAACGACACAGUUCCCUGAGUCACACUGGCGAUACUUGACUCAGCUCCGAGCGCUACACAUCCGUCAGUUGCCAACGCAUUUUCCCUUGUCCAUUAUCGAAGCCAUUCCGCUAGUCGAAAGUCUCGUGCUGGACUUUUCAACUUCUUUGAAAAUCCUAGGAACAAUCGAUAAACCCCUGCAGAUGAUUCAACUGAAAAGCAUUGAACUUCGAAAUGCUGAAAAUCCCCUCGGAUUAUUGGAAAACAUCGAUGCCCCUUUUCUCACAGACCUUACCAUCUUUGGCGCUGUUUCCAGAGUGGAUGAGGCUUUGCUUCAUGUGUUUCGUGAUGAACGGGAUAGCCUUGUCUCCUUGCGGUUGGGAAGUUGCUCCCUAAAUUCUGGGACGCUAAUUAGCAUCCUCUCCUGUGUUCCAUGUUUGGAGACACUCCAGAUUUACUGCAUUGAUGGAGUCGUCAACGAGACGCUUCGAUUCCUUGCUGGUAGAGACCCCUUAUCACCAUCACAGGCGACCGCUCAGCAGAGACUGCUGUGCCCUGCGUUGAAGCACGUGGAUGUGUCUCGUUGCCCAGAUCUCUUAACAAGUAGUGCAUUCGCCCUUGUCAAGAGUCGUUUGCAGAACGAAUUGGGGGCUGAUUCAGAAGCCGAAUCCUGCCCGCUCCAGUCACUACGAACAGAUGGAUGUCUGAAGAUGGAUGGUGACAUCUUGCAGUGGUUCAGAUUGAAGGUCCCGUAUUUCAGUUGCGUUUACAUGACCAAGAAAGAAGCCAGACAACGACACUGAAAAUUUACUUGGUGUACUACUAGAUAAUAUUUCACUCCAUAAUUGAAUUGAGG